CGCCCGUCUCCUCACCGGUGCGCAGGUUUCUGUUGGCUCGCUAGGCGCACGCACGCCUGCAGCCGCCGCCUCUUCCGCAGCUCCCGCCAUCCGCAUCAGGCUCAGGCCGUUCCGAGCCCUAGAGGGAGGCGGCGCCGCCGCGGCCGAGUUCGAGUGCGUCCUGCCCCCUAUCAAGCUCCCCUGCCGCGUCUCCCAAUCCACCCUAGGCCGCCCCGCAUCCAGCUCGCGCGGCCCCCUCCUCACUGCGCCGCGGCGGCCGUUGCCCCAACGCCCCUCCGCCCCUGCAUCCUACCGCCGCGAAGCCUCCGGCCCUCUCCUUCCCCACCCCUCUGCAGCCCCGUGUCCAAGAGCAGGCCCCUACCGUCGUAAUUUCGUGUUCUUCGCUAACGCCACUUCGGCAACGUCUUCUUCUUCUCUGGUUCACGUUUGCCGUCGACUGUAAGUAUGGAUCUUGCUCCUUUCAAGCUGGAUAUUGAUGAGCUACUAGAUGAUUAUGCCAAGGAAAAUUGUACGUCAUUCACCGAUUUCAAGAGAGUGUGGAUGGCCAAGAAGUUUUCUUAUAUCUUUGAAGGCCGACCCAAGACGAAUUCAGGCGUUUUUAUGCAAUCCCUCUUUUUGCAUUGUAUUGGCCAUAUGACUUCCCAAAGUUCUCUACUUCAGAGGUUGCCUGGGCUUUACUGCCUUUACUGCCUUUAUGAGUGCCAACCAUACAAGCCACACUACAAAAUUUAUCUGUCUCUUGAGGAGUCCAAGAAACUCAAAGACUUUGUCAUUGAGGCUAAGCAGAAUGGGCUUGCUCUUGUACCAGCACUUGUCAAAAGGAUGCUGGACAAAGGCAUGUUUCUGUUUGGGUUCAUAAAUUUGCUUGGUGACAAUGAGGCAAAGGAGGUUGAUGAAAUGAAUGCAUCCCAGAAUAAACGGGUGAAAUUUGCCUGUGACAAGUUGUUUGCAAAUACUCAAAUAGGGAGUUACACGCACACAGACUUGGGAGUGGAGUUUGAACUUGACAGCAUCAAGAAACUGUCAAUGGACUACGCUAAAGCCAAAGAAUCAGCCUUUGCAGAGGCAAGCCAAACUGUUGAUGUGGAAGAUGCCAAGCACAUCCUUCAGAAUGACAAACUGCUGGGUGACAAGGUAGAGGAAAUCGUCAAAGAGUGGGAUGCCCAGAAGGAAGAGUUCUACCAGAAAACAGGUGUAUCUCCCCAUGAUGAACUGGCGGUGGUUGACAACGACGAAUCUGGAGAAUUCCAUGACGAAAACGAAACCGACGCCUUUGAUGAGUUAGAACAGCUGCUGCUGGAAUGAGGGAGCAUCCAGUAGCCUGUGAAUGACUGAAGAACUACUACCCUGCUCAUGCCAUUUUGUCACGGCAUGGAAUCGACAUUGGGCUGACUCGGCAUGCCCAAAAUAUUCUUGAAAGCAUUUUUCGUCGCAACAUGUCUGAAGCAAAAAAAUUGUAUGUAGUUAUAUUUUGGUUGGAUGAAAUGUUGCCUGAUGUACAUAUUUCCAUGUAACAAAUUGGGUUUCCUAAUUCAGGAAAUGUUGCAUUUUUGCAUGCUUCUA